CUCCAUUUUACAGAUGAGGCCGCUGGGGCACAGAGAAGGGAAGUGACUCGCCUAAGGUCACACAGCAGACAGGUGUCCGGGGAAGACCCCCUGCCCGCCGCAGUCCCGCACCACGGCCUCUCACGGUCGCCCCGCGGCUCCGAGUGUGCCAUUCCAGAUAUUUGGGGGGAGGGCCGAGGACCAGCCUCAACAGGAGAUUGGGGAUCGUUUGCUUUCCCGUGCCUUGGGGAUGCAUGCCUGACCCUCAGACCACUUCUGCAUGGGGGCCUUUCCCUGUCCAUCAUCUUCAGACCCAUGCUGUCAGCUCUGGGGAAGAAGGCCUCUGCCCUCUUUUCCCCUACUACAUCUCCUGCUCUUCUUUCUACCGUUUCUCCCUGGCCCUUUUGCAAAGCGGUCAAUCAAUCCUAUAUUUAUUGGGCACUCCUUUCCCCCCCCCCCCCCCCCGUCCUUUUGCCCUUCUCCCCUAGCGUGCCCCACUGGGUACACACGAAUGUGAAAUGAAAAGUUGGGGGAAAAAAAAAAACCUCCUGACCUUCACUCUCUUCUUUGUCUUCUGGGUAAGUGCCUUGAAGAGAACACGGCCGGGGGGGAAUCUCCAGAGACCCUAGGGCAGAGAGAGGUUGAGCUGCCCUGAGCAGAUCCAAGCUGGAGGGGACCCUGCCUGCAGACUGUGGACCAUGACAGCAGAAUCGAGGUGGGCAGCAGCCCUGGGGCCCCAGGUGCAAACUCCCAAGAGGGAGGACCAGAUCCGGGAAAGCAAACCCGGGCAGGAUGAGAACAGCGAGCUCCCCCCGAAACGCUUCCGACAGUUCCGCUACCGGGAGGCGUCCGGACCCCGCGAGGCCCUGAGCCGACUCCGGGAGCUCUGCCGUCGGUGGCUGAGGCCGGAGGAGCACACGAAGGAACAGAUCCUGGAACUGCUGGUGCUGGAGCAGUUCCUGGCCGUCCUGCCCGGAGAGAUCCAGACCUGGGUGCGGCUCCAUAAACCGGAGAGUGGAGAGGAGGCGGUGACUCUGGUGGAAGACUUAGAGCGUGAGCUGGAUGGACCAGAACAGUCGGUCCCCACCUGGGCACCCGGACAGGAAGUGCUGGUGGAAGACGCAGUAGCCCUGGGAGCCGCCCAAGAGUCACUUCGUACUUCUCACGUCGGCUCUUCCCCACAAGCUCUUCCUGCUCCACAGGUCCCAGCCUUUCCCCAAGAGGAGACCUCAGGAGACCAGGCAACAGUGGCUGGACUUCCAAAGGCCAGGGCUCAGGGAUUGGUGACAUUCGAGGAUGUGGCCGUGACCUUCACCCGGGCAGAGUGGGAGCACCUGGACUCCGCUCAGUGCAGCUUACACUGGCAAGUGAUGCUGGAAAAUUACAGGAACCUCACCUCACUGCAGUGUCCAGUUCCCAAGCCUGAUGCCAUCUUCCAGCUGGAGGAAGGGAAAGACACCCGCUGUCUGGAUGUGCAGGAAGCCAAGGACAGAGAGACCCUGAGAAAAACCUGUAGAUCCCCAGACUGUAAGAUUGGAACCGAGAUCGAGUCGAUUCCCUCGAAGCGGGACAGAGUUGAAGAAGCAGAUUUACAUAGGGUAUUAUUGGGAAGUCUCCAGCAGAAUAUUCUCAUGGCUUCUGAGGACGGAAAAACCUGUGACACUGAAGGUCGGUUAGGAAAGCCAAGGAGGAACCCCACAGUCAGAAGACUGAACAAAUUUCCUGACCAGGGUAGAGAUUUCAAGAACCUCAAAGAAGUUAACCGGAAAACCUCCAUAGAAAAGGGAUCCAGUGAAUGUGAAAAAGCUUUCAUAUGGAGUUCAUACCUUACCCAACGGCCUAAAAUUCAUCCCGGAGAGAAACCCCACAAAUGUAAUGAGUGUGGGAAGGCCUUCAGAUGGAGUUCAGGCCUUAUUGAGCAUCAGAGAAUCCACACUGGAGAGAAGCCCUACAAAUGUAAUGAAUGUGGGAAAGCUUUCAGCUGUAGCUCGACCUUCAUCGGACAUCAGAGGAUUCAUACCGGAGAGAAGCCCUACCAAUGUAAUGAAUGUGGGAAGGCCUUCAGUCACCACUCAGCCCUCGUUAGGCAUCAGCGAAUUCAUACCGGGGAGAAACCAUUCAAAUGCAGUGAAUGUGGAAAAGUGUUCAGUCGUCACUCAACCCUCAUUCAGCACCAGAGAAUUCAUACUGGAGAGAGGCCCUACCAGUGUAGUGACUGUGGGAAGGCCUUUAGUCAACACUCAGCCCUUAUUGGGCAUCAGAGAAUUCAUACUGGAGAAAUACCCUACAAAUGCAAUGAAUGUGGAAAAGCUUUCAGUUACCAAUCAGUUCUUAUUAGGCAUCAGAUAAUCCAUACUGGGGAGAGACCGUAUCAGUGUAAUGACUGUGGGAAAGCCUUUAGUCACCAUUCAGCCCUUAUUACACAUCAGAGGAUCCAUACUGGAGAGAAGCCCUACAAAUGUAACGAAUGUGGUAAAGCCUUCAGUCAACACUCAGUCCUUAUUAAUCAUCAGAGAAUCCAUACUGGAGAGAAACCAUAUCAGUGCAAUGAAUGCGGGAAGGCUUACCGUCAACAUUCGGCCCUCAUUGGACAUCAGAGAAUCCACACUGGUGAGAAACCCUACAAAUGUAAUGAAUGCGGGAAGGCUUUUAGCCUCCUCUCACCUCUUAUUGGACAUCAGAGAAUUCAUACUGGAGAGAAACCUUACAAAUGUAAUGAAUGUGGGAAAGCCUUCAGUCAGCACUCACACCUUAAUAAUCAUCAGAGGAUUCAUACUAGAGACACUGCACAAAUGUAACUAAAUAUGGAGAACUCUUCUCUGUGUUGUCACGCUAUUCGUCAUCAGAAAAUUCAUUUUGGAGAAAAACUAGAAAUGGGUUGAAUGUGAAAGAGCCUCCAGGAAUCGUUGGUUAGAUAUCAGAAUUCAGAAUAGGAUAUAGCACUAUUAAUAUAGUGAAUGUGGAAGAGUCUUCAUUCAGUGCUGAGUCCCUAUUCAAUCUCAUACUGGGGUUAGACUCUAUAAAGCUCAGGGUUUCAAGCCUAUUUCUCUGAGGUAAUAUGCUCUCACACCACAAUUAAACUCAGUAUCUAAAAAUCACUAGGGCUGGCCUGGGGACCUUGUUGGGUGCAGCUCUCGGGCCCAAGGUUCCCCUGUCUCAUUUUGAGUGAUUCCUUGCUUUCUCGGAGCAAGCCAAGAGACAGAGUGGUAAUGAAAUUACAUCUUUUUUCUGGAUUAGUAUCAGAACAGUGUCGGCAACUCUAGUUGGACAGCUCUCAGGCCCGUGUCAGAAAUUUUUUUCCACAGAAAAAUUCACACUACACAGAAGGCAUUUAAAUGUGGCCAGUUCUUCAAUCACUGCUCCUUUUUUUGGUAUGUACAUAUGUUAAAAAUAUCAUGACAUGCAUGCCCCCAGAUUACACCUAUCAUCAUGAUACCACCUCAGUCACGCACCAAGCUUCCUGGCCAGGUGUAAGUGAAUUACUCCUCCCUAUGGUGAUCAACAACUGAAGGGUCUUAAAAGAAGCUCCGCGUAUUGUGUUAGUUUGAAUUGGGGAGGCCUCGAUUGGUAGAAAUGGAAGAUGUAGGUGUAGUGAACUCUUAGGCACUUUAUUCCUUUUCAUUCAGAAGAAUCAUCCAACAAAGACUUCACUGAACUUCGACAAUACGUUGCAUUAUAAUGCUCUGUGAAGUUAUGGUUUCACUACCACCGCCCCAGAGUUUUGGGAUUAAGUUUAAUGUUGCUUUUUCAAGAAAAUGGAGGUGGUAAUAAAAUAGGAUUGAAGAUGGCCCUUCUGGAGGGGAGUUAGUUUUCAACAAGGAGCUCUAUUAAAAGAAGACUGUUCUUCAGCCUGUUUUUACUAACACUGAAAAAUCAAUACCACAUUCUGCAGGACAGAUGUCUACUGCAACACCCUGCAAAGACUCGGUUGUAUUACAAUAUCUAAUCUAAUAUUGUGAUUUUAUGCCUUGAAUUACUUUAAUAAAGAGUAAACGGUGGUCCAGUGAUGUUUAUCACUACAGCAUAUAGGAUGUAGAGGUUCUGGAAUUUGUGUUAAUAUUUAUUAUGGGCAUCUAUGGGGAAAAUAUACUCCACAGUAUAACCAUUCACAAUAAAAUCACUUUUUCAGGGAC